UGCCGCGAUUGACAAGUCAAGCCAGUUGGUCGGCCUGUUUUGCCGAUCUCGCUCGCUUAAAGUUGGUGAUUUAUACAAGCGCGUUUCAGUGAUAAUCGCUACAUCAAUCACAACGUUAUGACUUUGUGACGUAAUAUCAUGAGUAAAGCCGAUUCUUCGGCGGAAACCGCCUUGCCUAGUGUGGCCAUUCACGUGGGUCACUUUGGAGAUGAAGACCAGGAACACUUCAAACUUCUCGAGCCAAGUUCACCAGCACCUGUUUUAAUGCCCUCUGGACAAAUGCGCAAAGUCAAAAGUUUCACUGAUACACAUAGAAUCAGAGAUGUGAAUGCCGCUUCUGGUGCUGCGUCCGCCCGAAGUCUACGUCCAUAUGAUCAGGUGACAGCUUACCCGGACGGUUCUGACAGCGGAACAAAUCCCUAUGCUCCUUCGGUCCGUUCUCUUGCAUCAAUCGGAAUGGGAUGUACUGAUGGCCGAAAAAUGGUCAUCCGACGAGUUCCUACCUCGCCCACGGAACUGUUUCAUCUAGUACGUCCUCCUACGCCUCCAGAUGAAGACACGGCGUCCCAUGAGAGUGAUUGCGGCGAAGAGGAAGAAGAUGCGGAGACCGUGCACUUGAAACCAAGAAGACCAUUCUGGGCUAACAAGAUACAAUUUGUGCUGGCUUGUGUAGGUUACUCUGUUGGCCUUGGCAAUGUGUGGCGCUUCCCUUAUCUUUGCUACAAGAGCGGAGGAGGAGCAUUUCUGAUACCCUACUUCAUAAUACUCUUAGUAUGCGGCGUGCCUAUGCUCUUCAUGGAACUGGCUAUAGGCCAAUACACAGCUCAUGGACCUAUCGGCGCGCUCUCACAAAUUUGCCCGCUAUUCAAAGGAGCUGGCGUAGCGAGCGUGGUGAUCUCUUUUGUAAUGUCCACGUACUACGCAGUCAUUAUCGCAUGGGCCAUUUAUUACUUCUUCACAUCAUUUAAAUCAGAAGUGCCAUGGGCAAGCUGUUCAAACAGAUGGAAUACGGCACAAUGUUGGGUCCCCAACCAUAACACUAACAUUAGUAAACCAAAUGGUUCUCAAACACCUACUGAACAAUUUUUUGAGAAAAAGGUCUUAAGCAUGAGUGAUGGUAUAGAAUAUCCUGGUGGCAUGCGGUGGGAGUUGGCGGCUUGUUUAGUUUGUGCUUGGGUUCUGGUUUACUUCGCACUAUGGAAAAGUAUUAAAUCUUCAGCCAAAGUUAGAUACAUCACUACAACCUUACCGUUCUUACUGAUUAUAGUAUUCCUUGGUCGAUCACUAACACUCGAUGGUGCUGAUAAAGGCUUAAGAUUUUUUUUCAAACCUGACUGGGAACUUCUAAAACAAUCAAGGCCAUGGGUGAACGCCGCCUCACAAAUCUUCAAUUCCAUCGGAAUCGCCUUCGGGUCAAUGAUAAUGUUUGCCUCUUACAAUCGCUUCGACAACAACUUCCUGCACGACACCCUGGCUGUAUCAUUAAUCAACGCAGUCACUAGUCUCAUCGUGGGCAUAUUUACUUUUGCUACUAUUGGAAAUAUAGCCUUUGAGCAAAACACAUCUGUGAAAGACGUCAUCGCUGAUAGUCCUGGAUUACUGUUCGUUGUAUAUCCCCAGGCUAUCGCAAAAAUGCCAGCAUCACAGCUUUGGGCCGUAUUAUUCUUUUUUAUGUUCCUCUGUCUCGGUUUGAAUAGUCAGUUCGCGAUCGUCGAAGUAGUGGUAACAUCAAUACAAGAUGGUUUUCCGGAUAUGAUACGAAGGCGCCUCGUGUACCAUGAACUGUUGGUGUUGUGUGUUUGUGCUGUUUCUCUUGUAUUUGGUUUACCACAUAUAAUACACAGUGGCAUUUACAUUUUUCAACUAAUGGACUAUUAUGCUGCUUCUCUCAGCAUUACAUAUCUGGCUUUCUUUGAGAUGGUCGGUAUAGCGUGGUUUUAUGGCGUUGACAGAUUGUCUAAGAACAUCAAGCAAAUGACUGGACAAUGCCCGUCGCUAUAUUUUCGUUUCUGCUGGCUAAUAGCGGCACCGGCACUGUUACUGGCGCUUUGGGUUGCGAGCUUAGUGGACUACAUGCCUCCAAGUUAUCGUCAAUAUCAGUACCCAGCAUGGGCACAAGUGCUGGGCUGGACCAUUGCAAGUGUGUCCCUAUUGUGCAUACCGGUGUAUGCCGUCAUAGUUAUAGUCAGAUCCCCUGGAUCUAGUUUUAGAGAGAAACUACGUAAUUCAAUACGCCCAACGUCUUUGUGUGAUUGCGGUGUUCCUGAUUGUGAUCUAUGCUGCUCAGAAUCUGAACCGCCCGACGACAAAGUGACGAUCAACUAGUCUUCAAUCUACAUAUACAAAUUAAUUUAAAUAAGAAUCGAUAUAAUCGGUCUCUUGUACCUAUUGAAAUAUAACGAGUGUUAUCAACUUAUAAAAUGAUAACAAUAAACAAACAAGACAAAAACUUGAUAAUAUGCUCAUCAUAAUAUAGGUGCGAGUAAAUUAUCUUGAAUUCGCUAUGACUCACAAGCCUUGUGCUCAACUCCAAACUACAUACAUACAUAUUAUUAUAAAUGUGAACUCUUGUAACAGUGACAUAGUUUUAACACUCAAAAGUGGUAAAUAGGUAGGUACUUCAGUGGACUCCAAACAGAUCUGUUGACUGCAGUAAGAUAUGAGUAAAUGAGUGGCUAGCAUGUGAAUUAUCAAACCAUCAAUUUUAGAUAAGCAAAUAAAUAGGGGCCUAUCUUGUUCUAAUAAAAACUUUCAAUGUCAUAGAUAAAACAUAAUAUUAUGUGUUAAAUUUAAUAUUGUUUGAUGGUUAAAUUGAUAGAUUAAAUAAUGGAUUAAAUUCUUUAUAUUAUUUACUUACAUAUAUAUUAUAUACCUAUGUAUGUAUAUUGAAAAUAAUGUCAUCACAUGUGAUUAUUGAAAUGGUAACAUUCAUUUUUAAAUUUAAAACAUUCCAUUAGUAUUACUUUAUUCUUAAAUUGAAACACUACUCAUAGGUAGGUACAAGAAUAUGUGCCAGGGAUUUGCUGGACUUGCCUUUGAUGUUGUAUGAAUGAAACUUAGCCACCACCAUUUUAUUUAUAAUAACAUCAAAGGUACGAAAAACUAGUCUUUAUAUAAUAAUACCUAUGUCUUACUGACCAAUUUAAUACCUACUAACUAUUAUUAUUGUGAUCAAACACAUUCCAAACGAAUACCUUUUAUUAAUAGAUAUAUAUUAUACUUACAUAUAUUAUGUUAUAAGAUUGAGAGAUAUUUUGAAUGACCAAUUCUUAAUUAAAGUCAGGGAGCUCAGAAUCAGCUUAACUUAUUAAAAUACAACACGGAGUUAAAUAAAAAAUUAAGUUAUUAUGUUCUAGUAAGUAUAUUAAGUACUGAACUUUAAUUUUGAUAUUGUUUCUAACAAGCAAUACCAACACUGAAAUUUAACUGCUAAGGCAGACCUAGGAAAAAUGAGAAUUAUAGUAAUGUUAGCUUGAGUACAACUCUUUUGGUACAAGUUAUAAAUGUGAAAUGUAUGAAAUGACUAAAAUGUAAAUAAUAUGUUUAGUUGAGAAUAAAAUAAAUGUGAUACAUAUUUAAGAGAAAAUACAAAAGUAAAUGU